AGUAAAUGGCCCUGCACAAAUGGGCAUACUGUGGACUUUGUUGUUACAGGCCCAACAUGUGUAGCACCAGUGCGUGUGACCUGGAAGAAAUCCCCCUAGAAGAUGAUGACCUAAACACCAUAGAAUUCAAAAUCCUCGCCUACUACGCCGGACACCAUGUCUUCAAGAGCACCCCUGCUGCCUCCUCACCAAAGCUGCUGCGAACAAGAAGUUUGUCCCUGAGGAACCUGGGGAGUUGGUCAGCAAAUGAGUCAGGGACACAGGUGUCAUGGCCUUGCAGAAAUUCCCAAUCCAGUGAGAAGCCCAUAAACCUUGCCAAGAAGAAGUCUUCUUGGAAAGCACUCUUUGGAGUAGUGGAGAAGGAAGAUUUGCAGAUCCCACCUGCCAAAGUCUCUGCUCAAGGUCUAACGACAUUGGAAAACCAAGUUUCACACAGCCAGCAAAGGUCCAGGUCUGCUUAUCAUGAGAGGCUGCGCUUGGAGCAUGAAGCUGUGGACCCCAAAGUCAUUUCCAUUGCCAACCGAGUAGCUGAAAUUGUUUAUUCGUGGCCACCUCCGGAAGUGACCCAGGCAAGAGGCUUCAAGUCCAAAGACACUUUUGUGCUUGACGGUCUCAUCUUACAGUCGCAAAGCGCUUCAAGUCCUAAGAAAGCUGAAGAAGAACAAAUAAUAGCCAGAAUUGUUGAGCUACUGAAAUAUUCCGGAGAUGAGUUGGAAAUAAAGCUUAAGAAAAACAAGGCUUUGAUGGGCCACAUCCAGGAUGGGCUGUCCUACCCUGUUUUUAAGACCAUCACAGACCGGGUCCUAAUGGGUGUGGACACCAGGGGAGAAUCAGAGGUCAAAGCUCAUGGUUUUAAGGCUGCCCUUGCAAUAGACGCCAUGGCCAAGCUCACAGCUAUUGACAACCAUCCGAUGAACAGGGUGCUGGGCUUUGGCACCAAGUACCUGAAAGAGAACUUCUCACCAUGGAUCCAGCAGCACGGUGGAUGGGAAAAAAUACUUGGGAUAUCACAUGAAGAAGUAGAAUGAAAUAUCAGAUUUGUCAUCAGGAAUACUCAUCGUCUUACUGUGGUCCUGUGCACACUGGCCUCAGAUGGACUACAGGAGAAGAUUACAAUAUACAAGGCAGAUGGAGCAUUGACGUUUUCAAGACCAUUAUUCCUGUGACUGGAGAGGCCUCAAGAGAACCCUUGUUCAUCUCCAGCUCAUAGAAUGUAGCAGUAUGGUCCUUGACAUUGAUGUUUCUCAGGUCCUAUGUUUAGUGCCUGAGGAAAUCUAUAAAGACAAGUGGUAAUGUUGUCUCAAAUGUUCAGAACAGAUACCGUCAUCCUGCCUUUGUUAGCUGCUAUAGGGAAAGUGGGUUACAGAUGUCUGCUGACCUCACGAGAGUGAAAUGAUAAACUGCAUGUGCUUAUGGCUCAGUUUCUAGUCUAUUUAUUUUUUCAACUACACUUGGGGUGGCCUCAUACCUAGGAAGAUGUUGCUACUCAUGUUAGUAAACACGGCUUAAAGAAACCGUUAUGCUCACUGCUACAUCCAUUUGUUUGGAGAGAUAAAUGUUGUCUAUGCCUUUUUGAAAAACUUCCAUUUGGUACAAAAUUUUCACUCCAGUCCCCCUCAACCCUUUUCUCAGGGACCACACCUCUUCUUCCCAAGGUCCCUGGGACUUCGUCAUUCUUUGUGGUAGUGCGAUGAUUGGUGGCAGGUAAAAUAAAUACAUAGAAAGACUA